AUGGAAAACAAGAUAGUUUUCCUAUUCUUCCUCGGGGCCCUCGUUGUUGCCACGAGGGGUGAUGCCGUGCCAGAUGAAACCUUCCUGAUUACCUCCGUCAAUAAGCAGAACCUGCUAAAAGCCUUACUGCAGCAGGAAUCUUCAGAGCCGAACUCUUUGCCGCGAGGUACAGGUAAUAGGGACAAAGAUGGAUACCACUACGACCGCCCGGAUGAUCCGCUCUGCCUGCUGGGUAAUGGACCCCACUGUCAGCAAACGCAUCCAGACAACGGAUACUUGCCGCCAUGCUCUCAGGGAAAUCAGGGAGUGCACUGCACGCCUGUAGCACCGGCCUGUCCUCAGGGAGGGACUCCGCCGCACUGCUGCACCAACGGAGGAAACGGAGCGAACUGUGUGCUUCCUGAAGUGCCACUUCCGCCAAUCGUCGUCCAUCCAGGUCACACGGGAAAUCCAGUCGUACAGGUGCAAACGUUUGUCUUUGGAGCCUGCACGAAUGGUGGUUCCGGACCAUACUGUUGCACGAAUGGUGCCAAUACACCGGAUUGUGCUCUCACUGGUGCGCCGAUUGUGAUUCCUGCUCCGCCGCAGCCACCACCAACGCGACCACCGCCACCUCCGCCAACGCGACCACCGCCACCUCCGCCAACGCGACCACCGCCACCUCCGCCAACGCGACCACCACCACCUCCGCCAACGCGACCACCACCACCUCCGCCAACGCGACCACCACCACCUCCGCCGACGACUACGAGGCCGAGACCUCCGCCGACGACUACGAGGCCAAGACCUCCACCAACGACUACGAGGCCAAGACCUCCACCAACUACUAGACCUCCUCCGCCGCCAACAACUACUCGCCCGCGACCGCCAUCAACGACCACGAGGCCACGUCCUCCACCAACGACCACGAGGCCACGUCCUCCACCAACGACCACGAGGCCACGUCCUCCACCAACGACCACGAGGCCACGUCCUCCACCAACAACUACGCGUCCGAAGCCACCACCAACUACGAGACCGCCACCGCCACCACCGACAACUACGAGACCAAGACCUCCACCAACCACAACUAGACCACGUCCGCCGCCAACUACUACAAGACCUAGACCGCCACCAACUACUACCAGGCCGAAGCCACCGCCGACUACGACGCGACCGAGACCUCCGCCAACCACAACACGUCCUCGCCCUCCGCCAACUACUACUCGUCCACGACCUCCGCCAACUACUACUCGUCCACGACCUCCGCCAACAACUACUCGGCCACGACCACCGCCAACUACUACUCGUCCACGACCACCGCCAACUACUACUCGUCCACGACCGCCGCCAACAACUACUCGUCCACGACCGCCGCCAACAACGAGGCCGCCGCCGCCACCAACUACUACCAGGCCAAAACCUCCGCCAACUACUACUAGACCACGUCCUCCACCAACAACGACACGACCGCGCCCUCCGCCAACCACGACUCGCCCGAAGCCUCCGCCAACUACCACCCGUCCCAAACCACCCCCAACUACUACUAGGCCACGUCCUCCGCCAACUACUACUCGCCCGAGACCGCCGCCAACUACGAGACCGCCAACAACGAGGCCACCAACGACGAGGCCACCAACCACGAGGCCACCUCCACCGCCACCGACCCGGCCACCACCACCACCACCGACGCGGCCACCACCACCACCACCGACCCGGCCACCACCACCACCACCGACCCGGCCACCACCACCACCACCGCAGCCACCGACGCCAUAUCCGUUCGUCCCCGUGACUGAACCACCAGUGGUCUUCCUGGGAUGCCCGAACGGUGGAGUUGGACCGUACUGCUGUACGAACGGUGGUGUUGGUCCUAAGUGUGAGAUACCACAGGGACCACCCUAUCAGACUUGUGACAAUGGAGGCCAGCCACCAUACUGCUGCACAAACGGAGGAGUUGGGCCGUACUGUGUCGAGAUCCAGCAGGCCAUCGAGGUGCGUCCACCGACGCAGAUCUACUACACCACUGGAGCGCCGCAGGUGUUCUACCAACCAGGUCCAGUUGUCGUAUCGCAGGGUGACGCACAGAUCCCUGGUCAGGCACCGCUGCCACAACAGCAGCAGUUCCAGAUCCCGCAACAGCAGUACCAACCGCAGCCACAGUUCCAAGUGCCACAAUACCAACAGCAGUACCAACCGCAGCCACAGUUCCAACAGCCGCAAUACCAACAGCCGCAAUACCAACAGCCACAAUACCAACAGCCACAAUACCAACAGCCACAGUACCAACCGCAGCCGCAAAGACCGAUUAAUACUCCCAGCUACGGUGCCUAUCGUCCGCAGAACAGCGUUACUAUUCAGCCCAGCUCUCCGGCCAACCCGUUCUCUGUAGGAUCGCGCGUCCAGACUGAUGCUCAAGCGUCCGCGGGUUCGUCCACCCCAGCAGCUGCAUCUCGACCACAGCCUGCUCCACAGCAACGACAGCCGCAACCGGCUCCUCAGCCAUCGCGGCCAGCGUCACCACCUAGGAAUCAGAAUACUCAACCAAGACCGCAGCAGCAAACUCCGCGACCGCAGGCUCCCGCACCGGCCAGGCAGCAAACUCCGCAACCGCAAGCUCCCGCACCGGCCAGACAGCAAAGUCCACGACCGCAGGCUCCCGCACCGCAGCGUCAGGGACUCAACGGUGACUUUUCUAACAGACCACCAGUCCGGCCAGCUUCCGUCUCGGGACCGGGCGAGUGUGAAGGAUCCAACUGCGAGCAUGGAUUCUACUACAAGCAAGGUGAUCAGCCGGUUAUAUUCUAA